GCCAGGUCCCCAGCACGCGGCUCCCAAGGCCGGCCCGGGCCCCCGGGCCUCCGCCUCCCGCUGCUGCUGCUGCUGCUGCUCUCGGCCGGCCCCACGGACCCCCGCGCCCUGAAGCCCUCCUUGUCCCCGGUGCUGCAGAACCAGCCCUUCCUGGUGGUCUGGAACGCCCCCACCUCCCGCUGCCGCACGGCCUUCGGCCUGCCGCUGCCCCUCGAGCCCUUUGGCGUGGUGGCCAACGACCAGGAGGUCUUCGCCGGGGGCAACAUCACCAUCUUCUACCAGCACCAGCUGGGCCUGUACCCGCACUACCAGGCGGCCCCGGAUCCCGUGCCCCUGCCCGUGCACGGCGGCUGCCCGCAGAACGCCAGCCUCCGGGCCCACCUCGACGCCAUGGAGCGAGACCUGGAGGCCGCCAUCCCCUCCCGCGCCUUCUCGGGCCUUUCUGUCAUCGACUGGGAGACCUGGCGGCCGCUCUGGGUCCGCAACUGGGACAAGAAGGGCGUCUACCGCGCCAUGUCCGCCCGCCUGGUGCGCCAGCGUUACCCCACGUGGCCCCAGGGCCGCAUGGAGCUCCAAGCCCAGUGGGAGUUUGAGACGGCCGCUGCCCGCUUCAUGUCAGAGACCCUGAGGCUGGCCAGGGCCCGGAGGCCCGGGGGCUGGUGGGGCUACUACCUCUUCCCCGACUGCUACAACUACCACUACUGGGAGGACUUCGAGAACUUCACGGGGCACUGCCCGGGCAUCGAGCGGCAGCGUAACAACGCACUGCUCUGGCUGUGGGAGCAGAGCCGGGCCCUGUACCCCUCCAUCUACCUGGAGGAGGUGCUGCGGGGCUCGGCCCAGGGCGAGCGCUUCGUGAGGGCCAAGGUGCGGGAGGCCCUGCGCGUGGCCGAGCUGCCCCCCUCCGCCAGCUACUCGCUGCCCGUCUUUGUCUACGCCCGGCCCUUCUACUCCUACACUCUGAAGGAGCUGGCGCAGGUGGGGGCCGGACAGAGCCCGUCCCUCAGCAGUGUAGGGCAGCCAGACCCAGGCGGUGCCAUCCAGGGCACGGGGCACCGAUGCGGGGCAGCAGCCUCGGCCUCCCAGGCAGAGGGCCCGCGUUCAGAGCCCCCCUCUGCUGUUCCUAGCGGCGGGAAUUGGGGCCUGUCGCUCCCCUCGGGCAGCGUGAGGGAGCCCCGAAGAUCUGAGUUCCAAUGCGACCUCAGACAUUUAUAGCUGUGUGACACGGGGCAAGUCCCAGCCUUGGGUCUGGUCCAAUUUCCUCAGCUAAAAUGGGGAGAUAGCCCCUAAUGAGCUAAAUAGCCCCUAACUCCCAGGGGUGUUGUAAGGAUGGGGUAUUUGUAAAG